AUUUGUGCUGGGCUGUGCUCUCUCCUCCCCUCUGUCUUGCGUCAUUGUACACACACACACAUACUUAGCACGGGCAGAGAGGAAGACGGAGAAACACACACCCACAUUCAGCAUCCUUUCAGUAGCAUCUUAGCAUCAGUAUCUAAGAUUGUCCACCUCACUGUCAGAUCUGACAGCAUGGCUGAGGGUUCAGGUGAGGUGUCCCUGGCAGAGCUGGAGACAGCGUUUCGUAAAUUUGCAGUUUAUGGUGACACCAAAGCAACAGGGAAUGAGAUGAAUGGGAAAAACUUUGUUAAGCUGUGUAAGGACUGCAAGGUCAUUGAUGGGAAAAGUGUCACCAGCACGGAUGUGGACAUCGUCUUCAGCAAAGUCAAGGUUAAAUCAGCACGUGUCAUCACGUUUGAGCAGUUCACUCAAGCCAUGGCUGAGUUGGCUACAAAACGUUUUAAAGGGAAGAGCCAGGAGGAGGCAGUACAGCUUCUCUACGGUCUCAUUGCCGGCAAAGAACCUGCCAACUUUGGUGUCACUAAAGUGGCAAAAGCCUCUGCCGUGGACAGGCUAACAGACAGCAGUAAGUUCACCGGUUCUCAUAAGGAGCGUUUUGAUGCGUCUGGAAAAGGAAAAGGCCGUGUUGGGAGGGAAGACAUCCCUGACACCAGUGGAUAUGUUUCGACAUACAAAGGCCAAGGCACCUAUGACAGCAAAGUAAAAGAGGACAAAUGAGAGCGGAAAGGAUGAAAAGAUGCUUUGUGCAUGACAUAAUGUGUAUGUCUGAAGUCUUCCUGGUUUUAUUUCAGCAGCUGGGUCAUGGCUUGCCUGCAAAAACAAACCCCUGACUAAAACUUUGCACGGAUACCCGUGUAUUUAUCACUUUUAUAUCAGCAAAUACUUCAAAAUUAAUAGCGUGCUGCCGUUAUAAAUCAUAAAUACCCUUUGGUGAUGCUUGUGUUUGUUUUGAAACUGGUUCUUCUUACCACCAUGUAGCAACCUGUCUGUCCAUACCUGAUAGCUACCCAAAAAACAUUCAUUUGAAUCCCACAAAUCCCACAAAGCUUUAAACAAAAGCGUUUGCUAAAUGUGUAAAUUAGUGAAACACUCAACACACAAAGCAACACUCCUUUUUAAAAUAAGAAACAGAUUGGAGUUGACAGAUGAGAAGUCAUACAACAAUCUGUCAUCAUCUUACUGAUUUUUUCAUGUGAUAAAAAGCAGUCUCUGACUUUCAUAAAUUAACAUCAUUUACAUUUUUAUGACUAAAUAAAACCAAAUAAAAACAGUUAAAGGGAUAAUUCUGUCAUCAUUUACUCAUCCUCAUAUCUUCUGUGGAACAUAAAAGAAGGUUUAGAAUUCAAAUGUUUUUUUUUUUGUUUGUUUGUUUUGUCCCUACAGUGGAAGUCAAUGGUAACCAUUCUGAUUGGUUACCAAAAUUCUCCAAAAUAUCUCCUUUUGUGAUUCACAGAAGAAAGUCUGUAACACUGUAUAACUAUAAAUGAUGCAUAAUUACAUUAAACUAACCCUAAACCAAACCCUAAGCCUAUAGUCUGUACAUGUUGUUAAUUAAUAUUACAAAGUACUUAAAUUUUUUAUAAUUACACUGCAACAAGGACACCUUAAAAUAAAGUCUAACCCGAAAGUCUUACAGGUUUGAUGAGUAAAUGAUGGCAAAUUUUUCAUUUUUGGUUGAACUAUCCCAUUAAGUGCUUCUUUCUUUCUGCUGGGGUUAAUAUGUUUGCUGGAUAAAUGAGCUUUAUUGUGUGUUUCAGCUUUGUUGCACUGAGAUGUCUAUCAGACUGUAAACACUAAACUGAGUCGACGCAAAUAAAGUCAAAUAAAGAAA